GAGAAAAAGACACGCACACAGAGGAAUAUCGCAUGAAUCAUGGAGCGGCCGCCCACGAUGAGUUGCCAAACUUGUCUCCUUUUGGGAACACCCAAGGAGGUGAAGCAGCUGUUUGUUUGAGUGAAGUGGCUGGAUCCUCCAACGAGCGCAUCGACGAGGUUGAUUUAGAAGGAAUAGACAUUGGCCUUGACAAGGAGGAUGAGUGGUUCCAACCUGACAUAGCUCACCAACCCUCUUUCUUGGCAACGAUGCGAGUAGCUCCAGGGGUUUCGAUUACAGAUCUCAAUACUGGAGAGAUGAGAUUUUCUGAGAUGCAGAGAUAUGAAGGGCAGAUGUCACGACUGGAGUACCUUGCCUUGACGGGUUAUGUUCCAGAGGUCCCACCCGAAGAUCGUUCGCAAGUUCACGAGGAUGGAAAGACACUGGACAUCGAACCAGAUGGCCGGGUAGCUGAGAUACGCGAGCAAUUUCAGGCGCUUUCAUUGCUACAUCCACCGAUGAGACUUCCUCCAAGAAGUCGGCCUUCAUCCGCCGUCUCUCGUGGUACGCGAGGGAAAAAUGUUCCUCAACCCAAGGACAAAGUCAUGGGUGGACGGAUCAUUGCGAACAAGGAGUUGCUUCAAAAAUAUUUUGGACAAGGAGAUUGACCACUUGGAUUUGUCGAAGCAAAGCGGCCUGAAUCCUUUGCAAUUCCCUGAAAAGUCACCCUCGUCGCUCCGCUGAUUCAGAGCCCGAUCGCCUUUCCUGAGGAUCCUGCCUGGGCAAGGUUCACAGGCCUUGCUGAAGUGCGUUGGCACAUAUGUGCCACUGCUUUCAAGAAACUGUUUGGAACUGGACACCAUCAUUCUGAUGUUGGCUGAUGAAAUGGGAUGAUUCUAUAUGACUCUUGCACACACUCCAUGGGAUGGGACGGCUUGGAUGUGGAUUUCAGGAAUGUGACACUUGCGGCAUAUAUUGUAUGGUGCCCUAGACUGAUUUUUUCGGUCGACUCCGCUCCGGCAGUUGUGUCUACCACACAAGCGGCUCUCAACGCGUUUCCUUGCAUUGGCCUCAAGAUUGAGCCUCAAAGUUGCGCACGACUUCUUAAUGCAAUUUGCCUGCACAGAUUGGCUGCAUUCGAGCGUGGAAAAAGCAGUGUCAGAUGAAGUAAGCUAACC